GAGUCGGAACAUCAAGCACCAGCCGUGAUGGAAGAAGGCAGACGCGCGGUUGAUGGUCACAGUUUAUGGGACUAUACACAUCAACAUCGCGCGCACUUUUCCUUUAAAGCGUUUCCCACAAGCGCCAGGUGCUUCUAGUACAUAUGAGAUGAGUGCAAGCAGCAUCGACUAACGAAAUGGUCCUGCGAAGCCGAGCCAAAGGUAGCAUCCUCGACUACGCUUCCCGGAGGCAGUACGACGCUGAUCUUCGCUUCAGAAACGCCCUGAUCCGCGACGGACUUGUCUUCGGUCCCGAUUUGUUCCGCAAAGACCUCUACGCGCACUAUGGAUGCGUUAACGCCAUCGAAUUUUCGAAUGACGGUGACUGGCUUGUCUCAGGGGGAGACGACCAGCGGGUGCUUUUGUGGAAUGUGCAGGAAGCCAUUUCAGGGCCAGGUCGGCCACACGCCAUGAAAGGACACCAUAACAGCAACAUCUUCUGUCUCUGCUUUGACUCGUACCACAAGACUGUGUUUUCGGCCGGUAAUGACGAACAAGUCGUGAUACAUGAUGUUGCAACGGGUGCCACCAGGGAUGUGUUCUUGCAUGAUGAAGCAGUCUACGGCUUGUCAGUGCAACCUGGUAAUGACUAUGUAUUUGCCAGUGCUAGCGACGAUGGUUGCAUUCUCGUGUACGAUGUGCGAGAGCCAAGGUCCUCCGAUCCCCUGCUCCUGGCCACCUCCAAGUCACCCUUCCAUGCUGUCACCUACAACCCCGCCGAGCCGCGGCUCUUGGCCACAGCCAACUCGCGCGAGGGUGCAGCUCUCUGGGACGUGCGACGUCCACGCCACCACUUGCUCUGCUAUGAUCAUGAUGGCACUAUGCAGAGUGCCAUGAGUGUGCGCUUUGACGAUCGAGGCACCCGAGUGCUGGUUCUCCGACGGCGCCGACCACCAGCUGUCUUUUGGCUGGAGAGCAGACAGCCUGUGGUCCAGCUGGACCACGUUGACUACUGCAACUCCUGCACCAUGAAGAGCUGCUGCUUUGCGGGUCAACGGGAUGAGUAUGUCAUGUCAGGCUCAGAUAACUUCCAGCUCUACGCCUGGAAGCUGCCUGACAAUGUUGAGGACAGGACGAGCACAGAUGGCAAGAGUGUCUGGGUGAGGCAGGCUCACCUGGUGAUGCAGGGACAUCGAUCCAUAGUGAACCAGGUGCGCUUCAACAAGGCGUCCAUGGUUGUGGCAUCAUCGGGUGUUGAGAAAAUGAUAAAGCUUUGGAGCAGCCUGCCACUUCCAGGUGGCUUGCAUUGCAGCCACUUCGAGAUGCGUCGGCGCCGCUACACUUACCAAGAGUAUGUGAAUCUUGUACUGGAGAGUGGCCAGCUGUCCAGCCAUGACUACAGCCACAAGUCGGUGGAGGAGGACCCCCGCAUGAUGGCCUUCUUUGACACACUGGUUGAACGAGAAGCUGAGGGUUGGUCAUCAUCUGAUUCAAGCCAGUGCAACAGAGCGAGGACUUUGUCAUCAUCGUCGUCAUCUUCAUCAUCAUCGUCAUCGUCCUCAUCAUGUGACUUGUCCAGCGAGGAUGAAGAGACCAUUCAACAUCUGCUGAGCCUUCGCCGGCUGAGGCAGCGGGUCAACACAUCGGAUAGUGAGGACGGCUGGGUGCGAUCCAGUCCCACUCUACCGCCUGUAGGAGGUGAACCAGAAGAGGGGCCGCAGUCCAGCCAACCGGCAGACGAGUCCAGCAGCCAAUCCAAUCUGCCAAAUCUGCCAGUGGAGAGCAAGAAUGCUCCAUGAUGGAUCAUACCACAAGUCUGUGCGCACACAUCACGCAAACCAACUUCUGCUCUGUAUGUUUCCAUGGCAAUUAAAGUCGCCGUCCCACAGCGUUUGUCCCAUUUCCGUCCAAAUCCGCGCCUCAGCAGUGGAGCAAAUGAGAGCAAUCUAGCAUGGAGCCAGUUGAUCCAACACAACUAGAAGUGCGAACCUGCUGCAGAUUAGUCAAUGAAAUCCGGAUUUGCAGCUGCGGAGCAAGAAAAUCCUGUUCCUGAUCGACUAGUGAAAAACACCAUAACGCAAAAGUUCCUCGGCGCAAGUGAACAACGAUAACUUUAGGAUUGACUGUUGGGCCAAUUCACCUUGCAUUCUAACAAGGAUGUAUUAGUACUGGAAACAUCUUAAUCAUUUAUAUCACCCAAACGAAAUGAUGCGUAAGCAAUCACCUUAUGAAGCAUGCACAUUUGGUCAUGAAUGUUACUUUAUUUGGAUGCUAGGUGCAACUUCAGGAAACAAAGGUUUUGGUUAAGAAGAACAGUACAGCUUGGUUGUCUUCGGAGCCAUUCAGUCAUGAACAGAAGUGCCUCUAUCUG